AAUUUAGGGUCCUUCAUCUUACCAACUAUAAAAAAAUAGAAACUAACAAAAUCUAAUAAGAUAAAUCCAGUUCAACAAAAAUAAGAUUUAACACACUAACAAAAUAAAAUCUGACAAGUUCAAAUAAGGACUAAAAAGUCUAAUAAAUUCACACAAGUUUAAAUAAGCAAUAAGUUGAAAAAGACAUGGCCUAAAUACGUUAAAUAUCUCAACACUUCUAUCAUUUAGUGAACUAUAUACUCUAAUAGCACUGUAAAAACAUUGGAUAAUCUAAAAACACAUUUCAAUCCUUCAAAUGAUAAUACAAGAAUGAUUGUAAUUUAUAAAUAUCAAUUCAACAAUAAUUGACUACAAUAAUAUUUCAAUCCAAACAAACUAUAUAAUAAUACAAAAAUAAUAAUUGUAAGCACAUAAGCACCUCAAACAUUACAAGAAUGUAUGGAGCUGGACCAUACUCUAUAAUUUUACACUCGAGUUGUCAGCCCUCACUUUACCAAAACAUUAGAUAUUUAGAUUAUAGUCGCCCCACCAUUCUUGUACUAUAACAUUGUUACACACUUUGUCAAACUAAAACGCCGCAUUAGAGAUGCUUUCAAACUUGGAAGUUCAGAACAUUGUACUUUAUCCGUUUUAUAUUACUCGUUACACUUCUCAAUUUACGGAUUUUUAGACAAUUUCUGGAAAAGAGAGAAGUAGAGAGUAAAAAGAAAAGGGAUCCAUGUGAGAGGAGAGAGAUAGAGAGAGUUUAUUGCCUAAAAAGGAAGUGUAGCAAGUAAUGUGAAACUUCCCACAAUAGAAAGUAUAACGAGUAUUAUGAAACGGGGGAAGUAAAUAGGAUAUAAAGGUUCACCAUUUGCACAUCCCUGUCAUUUUGUGUUCUAAUCAUCUUGAAUUUCAUUGACUUAUAUUGCGAACUUUGACUUUCACAUCUGCAUAAAAAGUGAUUUACCUCUUAUCCACAUAUGAAAGAAAAAUAUACCACAUACUUCCAUCUCUGUAUAACAUAAAAAAAAUCAGACCCUCAUCUUCAAAAGAAUUAAGCAUGUCACACUCUUUGUUAUACUGGAUCAUUGUUGCUAUGUUUAUAUUUUGCUCUCUUCAGUUCUCAAUAGCCGAGAACGACAGCAGCAGCAACAACGAUAAGCUAGCAUUGCUCGAAAUCAAAGCCAAAAUAAGUGAUGACCCUUUUGGUUCGAUGAGCUCAUGGAACGACACACUCCACUUUUGCGAAUGGUAUGGUGUUACUUGUGGUCGUAGGCACCAAAGGGUGACGGUACUUGACUUGCAUUCCUCAAAACUCACAGGUACUCUCUCCCCUUAUCUCGGAAAUUUGAGCUUUUUGACGACACUACACCUUGAAAAUAACAGUUUUAGUGGCAUAAUCCCGCCUGAAAUUGGUCGUUUGCAUCGGCUGCGAAUUCUCUGGCUCUCUAAUAAUUCCAUUGGAGGGGAAAUUCCAUCAAACAUAUCUUCUUGUUAUAACCUUGUUGAUCUUCACCUGUCUAGUAACAUGUUUGUAGGAGAAAUCCCACCAACUCUCGGUUCCCUGUCAUAUUUGCAAAUUCUUUCUCUAACAAAGAAUAACUUGACGGGAAACUUUCCUUCAUCUUUGGGGAACUUAUCAUCCCUCUCUGUGCUUUCCGUCGGUGGAAACAACUUAGUUGGAAAGAUCCCAAAUAGUUUAGGCAAACUAAAGAACCUGACCAGUCUACAAUUAUGUGACAAUAACUUUUCUGGUGUAUUACCACCCUCAAUCUUCAACCUGUCUUUAUUGACAAGGCUAUGUCUAUACCAGAAUAACUUAGAAGGAAUCCUUCCUCCAGAUUUAGGUAACACUCUUCCACGUCUUCAGUGGUUCUCUAUAUACGAUAAUCGAUUCACCGGACAAAUUCCAGCUUCAAUAUCCAAUUCCUCAAACCUAGAAGUUCUCGAUUUGUCGAAGAACAAUCUACAAGGACAAGUUCCUUCUUUGCACAAAUUAAUAAGGCUUAUUCACCUUGUUCUUUACAGUAACUCCCUUGGCUAUGGCCAAGCUGGAGAUUUGAAUUUUGUUUCCACCUUGGAAAAUGCCACAAACUUAAAAUGGUUUGAGAUAAAUAAUAAUAAAUUCAAAGGAGUUUUUCCUAGAACGAUAUGCAGUUUCUCAUCAAUCACUUUCAUAGAAUUAAGUCACAACAACUUAGAGGGAGAAAUUCCAAACUGCAUAGGAAACUUGGCCAAUUUGCAAUAUUUUGGGGUUAGUAACAAUGCUCUUUCUUGGGUAAUUCCUCAAGGUAUAGGUAAGCUUCAAAACCUCAACUAUCUGAAUCUAGGUUAUAACCAAUUAUCCGGGGUCAUUCCCCCCUCAAUCGGAAACUUAACCAGCUUGUCUAUGUUAUCCUUGUCUAAAAAUCAUCUUCAAGGCGGAAUACCCCCGAGUCUUGGAAAUUGUAGAUCACUAUCAGAAUUAGAUCUUUCUAGUAACAAUCUUAGCGGCACUAUACCCUCGCAACUGUAUAAUCUCGCAACCUUGACUAUCGCACUUAACCUAUAUGGAAACCGACUAACUGGGUCACUCUCUGAAAAAGUUGGGCAACUCAAAAAUCUUAACAGCCUUGAUAUUUCAAGUAACAUGUUAUCAGGUGAGAUACCAAGCUCUCUUGGUAGUUGUGUAUCGUUAGAGUCCCUAUACAUGGACGAAAACAUAUUUGAAGGCACUAUUCCUGAAGCACUGAAUGCAUUAAAGGGUCUCCUCGAGUUAGAUUUGUCAGACAACAACUUAUCCGGUAAAAUCCCAAAAUUCUUAGCGAGUCUCAAGUUGCAAAGGCUAGGCUUAUCACACAAUAACUUUGUAGGUGAAGUACCCAGUAAUGGAGUCUUCAAGAGUGCAGCUAAUCUUUCAAUCAUUGGUAAUAAAAGGAUUUGUGGAGGUAUAUCAGACUUAAAGUUGCCACAUUGCAGUUUUAGUGACAAAACUCAGAAAGAAAGACGAAAGCAAAGAACAAAAUUGACAAUCACAAUUGUUUUUGGGUGUUUGAGUCUUAUUUUGUUUGUGGUGUUAAUUGUGCUCUCGUAUAUUUACUUGGAGAAAAAGAAACCCAAAGAACACACCCCUUUUGGUAAUUCCGAAAAUUUUCCAAAUUUGUCCUACCAAACCCUUUACAAAGCCACAAACGGGUUCUCUGCGAAAAAUUUGCUUGGUAGUGGUACAUUUGGGGUUGUAUACAAAGGAGUCCUCGAUGAGGGAAGAUCAACAGUUGCUGUCAAAAUAUUCAACCUUGAACAUCGUGAUGCUUCCAAAAGUUUUCUGGCUGAAUGUAGGGUCCUCCAAAUGGUUAAACAUCGGAACCUCGUGAAGGUGAUAACAGCUUGUUCUAGUAUGGAUCAUCAAGGCAGAGAUUUUAAGGCUCUGGUAUUUGAGUAUAUGGCAAAUGGCAGUUUGGAAGAUUGGUUGCAUCCAAUACAGACAAUUAGUACGAUUCAGAGUACAAGCAAUACCUCAAACUUGAAUCUUUGCCAAAGAUUUGAUAUUGCAACUGAUGUUGCAUUUUCUUUGGAUUAUCUUCACAACUACUGCGGUGCCUUCAUAGUGCACUGUGAUCUUAAGCCAAGCAAUGUUCUCCUUGAUGAGGAAAUGGUUGCAUACGUCAGCGACUUUGGACUAGCCAGGUUUCUCUUAGAAGGCACCAGCAACUCUCAUGUGAACCAAUCCAGCUCUAUCGGAGUUGGAGGAACUAUAGGUUACACCCCUCCAGAAUAUGGUUUAGGAAAUGAGGUGUCUACUCGCGGGGAUGUUUAUAGUUUCGGAAUCCUUUUACUGGAACUGUUUACAGGAAAGAGGCCAACCAAUGAAAUGUUCAACGGAGGUCUGACCUUGCGUGGCUUUGUGAAAGAAGCUCUCUCCACAAAAAUCACUAAUAUUUUAGAUCAUGCUCUUCUUGAAGACAUAGAAAGAGAGGAAACAACUAGCAAUGUGAUGUUUGAGGCCUUGACUUCAAUACUUAAAAUCGCACUUUCCUGUUCUGCUGAAGUAGCACAAGAAAGGCCGGACAUGAGUGACAUCGCUACAAAGCUAUCCUCACUUAGUAACAAGCUCCAUGGAACUAACUUACAACAGCAGAGAAGGAUUCGAGCAGCAAGUAUGACCCUCAAUAUCUCCAAAAAUUCAUAUACCCGAUGCUUAUGCUGGUUACUUUACUUGAUCAUCUACACUACUUCUCUGUCCUACUGUCUCCCAUCCUCAACGCGGAACAAUGAGACAGAUAGGCUAGCAUUGCUUGAUAUCAAAGCGAAAAUAACCAGUGAUCCUUUGGGUGUCUUGAAUACAUGGAAUGACAACCUCCAAUUCUGCGAAUGGUAUGGGGUUACUUGUGGCCGUAGGCACCAGAGGGUGACAAACUUGGACCUGCAUUCCUCGAAACUUACAGGUAUUCUCUCUCCUCAUAUUGGAAAUAUAAGCUUCCUUAGGGUGUUGUACCUUGAUGAGAACAAUUUUGGCGGGACAAUCCCGCCUGAAAUUGGACGUUUACAUAGGUUGCAAUAUCUAAUGAUGGCUAACAAUUCCAUUGAAGGGGAAAUUCCAUCAAAUAUAUCAGGUUGCUCAAACCUUAUUACGCUGGCCAUCCAUCGUAAUAGGUUUGUUGGACAAAUUCCACCUGAGCUUGGUUUCUUGUCUCACUUAAACCAUCUUCUCUUGUCAUCGACCAAUUUAACAGGACCCAUCCCUUCAUCUCUGGGAAACUUAUCAUCCCUCCAAACACUUUAUAUAGUACAGUCCAACUUGGUUGGAAGCAUUCCGUCCAGCCUUGGCAACCUGAAAAAUCUAAGAAUGUUAUCAUUAGCCGGGAAUAAGUUGUCUGGAAAGGUCCCACCCUCAAUCUUCAACCUCUCUUUCCUGACAUCUUUGGAUUUAGGAGUCAAUGACUUGGAAGGUACCCUUCCUUCAUAUGUAGGCAACACUCUUCUAAAUCUUCAGUGGUUUUCCAUAGCCGUUAAUCGAUUCACUGGACAUAUUCCAACUUCAAUAUCCAAUUUUACAAAUCUAGAAGCUCUUCAAUUGAGUCAAAAUCAUUUUCAAGGCCAAGUUCCUGCUCUGCAUAAAUUAAUAAGGCUACAACGUCUUAUCAUUGACAGUAAUUUUCUCGGGGCUGGAGGACCUGCUGAUUUGAACUUUGUUUCCUCUUUAUCCAAUGCAACCAUGUUACAAGUGUUAUCAAUAAGUCGAAACAGCUUCGCAGGAACUUUUCCUACAAUUAUAUGCAAUUUCUCCAUGAUUGUCAUGUUAAACCUUUUCAACAAUAAAAUAGCUGGACAAAUUUCAGAUUGCAUACAAAACCUUGCAGAAUUGCAGGUCUUUGCAGUAAACGACAAUGCACUCUCUGGUGUCAUUCCCAGAGGUAUAGGGAUGCUCCAAAAACUCAAUUCUUUGACGUUCAGUAGCAACCAGUUAUCAGGAAACAUACCACCCUCCAUAGGAAACUUAACCAAGUUGACUAUUCUUACCAUGGUUGAGAAUAGUUUUGAGGGUCAUAUACCAUAUUCUCUUGGAAAUUGUAGAUCGUUAGAAUUACUACAGCUUUCUCAGAACAAUCUUACUGGCAACAUACCCUUGCAGCUGUUCAGUCUUACAACCUUGUCCAGGGGACUGUAUCUAGAUGGCAACCGCCUAAUUGGGUCCCUCCCUAAUGAAGUAGGGCAACUGAAGAAUCUUGAGGUUCUUGACGUUUCUGGAAACAUGCUAUCAGGUGAAAUACCAACCUCUCUUAGUAGGUGCACGGCAUUGGAGUUUCUAUACCUGAGGGAAAAUAAUUUCCAAGGCGCCAUCCCUGAUACAUUGAAGACACUGCAGGGUCUCCUUGAGUUAGAUUUGUCAAAUAAUAAUUUAUCUGGCAAGAUCCCAAAAGUUCUAGCCAGUUUCCAGUUGCAAAGACUAAAUCUAUCAUACAAUAACCUUGAAGGUGAAGUACCCAUUGGUGGAAUCUUCGACAAUGUAACUGGUGUUUCAUUAACUGGAAACAGUAAGCUCUGCGGAGGUAUACGCGCGCUCAAACUUCCCCAUUGUAUUUUCAGCAGCAACACCCUGAAAACCAGAUCUCAUGAUAGGAGGAGGUUAAGAAUUGCAAUUGUUUCUGGAAUUUGUGGAAUGAUUUUGCUGGUGGCGUCAUUUGUAUUAUCAUAUAUCUUCUGCUACAGAAAGAUCCCCUCAAUUUCUGUUGAUUUGGAACGAAAUUCGAAUUUGUCUUACCAUGCCCUUAUUAAAGCUACAAACAGAUUCUCUUCAGGAAAUUUGAUUGGAAGUGGUGCAUUUGGGCUUGUCUACAAGGGAAUCCUUGAUGAGGAUGGAUCAACCGUUGCCAUCAAAGUUUUCGACAUUGAGCAUCAUGGUGCUUCCAAGAGUUUCAUGGUUGAAUGUGGGAUCCUCCGCAACAUCAGACACCGAAAUCUGGUCAAGGUGAUAACAGCUUGUUCGAGUGUUGAUUAUCAAGGAAAAAGUUUCAAGGCUUUGAUUUAUGAGUACAUGGUAAAUGGAAGUUUGGAAGAUUGGUUGCAUCCAGCACACAAAAGCAAUCAGGUAACGGCCCCAGAUAUUUCUUCACGGAGGUUAAAUCUUCGCCAAAGAAUUGACAUCUCAGUUGAUGUUGCAUUCGCCCUGGACUAUCUUCACCAUCAUUGUGGUGCCUCCAUAGUUCAUUGCGAUCUUAAGCCAAGCAAUGUUCUCCUUGAUGAUGAAAUGGUUGCACAUGUCAGUGACUUUGGACUGGCCAAGUUCCUCUCGAAAGGCAUCAACCAAUCUCAUGCAAAUCAAUCCAAUUCUAUUGCAGUCAGAGGAACUGUUGGUUAUGCUCCUCCAGAAUAUGGUUUGGGAAACGAGGUGUCUACCUGUGGUGAUGUCUAUAGUUAUGGGAUUCUUUUACUAGAAAUAUUUACGGGAAAGAGGCCAACAAGUGACAUGUUCAAAGGAGGCUUGAGCCUGCACGGCUUUGUGAAAGAAGCUCUACCUGAACAAAUUGCCGAGAUUCUAGAUCAGGAUCUUCUUGAAGACAUAGACGAUGAAGAGCAGAUAGAGAGCAAUGUCUUGUUAGAGGCCUUGAUUUCUAUACUUAGAGUUGCACUUUCUUGCUCAGGUGAGGUGCCACGAGAAAGGUUGAAUAUGAGUGAUGUAAUUGCUAAGCUAACAUCAAUUAGAAACAAUCUUCCUCGACUCCAAUACAAAAACUGAGAUGUCUAACAGGUACUAGCCAACUAGUACACAUCUUGCGAUGAUCAUAGAGAAAAAAGGCGUAAUUGUUCCCCUGGCAGCACUGAUUUAAGUUUGACAUUAAUUAGAUUGUUUAAUGGAUGCUAUUGACUUGCCAUCUGGUUGCACGUAUGUGAGGGUGAUUGAUGUAUAACCAAGUUGGUAAAUCUGAGAGCAAGCUAAUGAUAUACCCCCCCCCCGGUCCCUCAAGCUUGACCCACAUUCCGUCUUAGUUUGUACCUAAAAGAUUGCUCUAUUUCCUUUUUAAGUGACAUGGUCUCCACAAUUCUCUUUCACUUUUUCUGUUGCCAGGCACAUAAAAGUCU